AUGCUAUUGGAAGAUUUAAAGCAACAAGAUUCCCGGACGGAGUGUGUAUAUGUGCAUCUUGCUGUCAUUGGCUUGAUAAAGUUCUAUGUUGGUGUCGUCAAAUCUAAGAGAUCAAUAUGGCGAUUACGGACAAUUACAGAUGUCUUUUGGGCCAUUGUUAACUUCAUUGGCGUGUUCUUCACUACAAUGUUUUCGAUGGAAAAAUCUGAUGCUUACAGGAAAGGAUCAGGCGCCAGCAAGAAAUGGGAUGCUGGUGGUACAGGAGGUCCUGGAGGCGGUCCAUACAGUGGGGGUCCACGUGGGCCUCCCCGUGGAUUAGACAAUGUUCGAGGGAUUGACCACAAUUCUCUUCCUGCUUGUGGCUCUUGUUGUGGGUGAGGUGCCAAAGGUAUCAGCACUACUGCCAUCACUGUUGAGAAAUUUUCUUGAACCGGUAAAUAUUGUUAGUGUUACGUAAAAGUUCUAUAUUCUGGAUGCGACUGGGUCCCAGCAUGUAACCAAGUCCAGUUUUUUAUGGGAAAAACCACA